GGUCCUAGAAAUGUGGUCAUGAGAGUGCAGCCUCCGAUAUUGCAGUCAGAUACUACUCGCAACACCGGCCAUCACUAACGGCUAAAACUCUAGUUUAUGUCAGAGGAUUACAGAAAGAAACACGAGAUGAAAACUCUGGUUGUUUUGGUGUUUUCUCUGAGUCUUCUGGAACUUGGUUCUGCACUAAAGUGCUAUACAUGCAACAAAGGAUUGUGUAAUGCUACUCAGGUUUGCACCUAUGAAGAUUCCUGCCUGUCAGUUAAUGGCGAAGGUUCUUUCCGACACAAGCAAUGUCUCAAGUAUGAUGAUUGCAAUUUGAUGAAAGUCCGGCAAAUGUUUCCUACUGUUUCAAGCAUGGAUUUCAGAUGCUGUACCUCAAACCUCUGCAACACAGCAUCAUUGUCGGUGGCCAGCAACUCGCUGGUGGGAUUACUGCUUUCAGUGGCACUGUUCUGCUGGUCUGUUCUCUAAUUUGCAGUCUUCACAAUAAUGUCCAACUCAAGGGAAACUGUAUUAAUGAUAUUCAAAAAGUAUUUGUUUAUUUGCACUUUCAUUAGACAUUAAUUUUGUAUUUCCCAAAAAUAUAUAAACAAAUACUUACAUUCUGAAUUUACAAGCCACUUAAGAAACUCUCAUCACGAAGACAUGCAUAUCAACUUUUUAAGUUUUACACCGUGGGUUUUAUUACAUAUUUUUUCCUGUUGGAAUAAGGUUCUUAUAACACAAUAUAAACAAUCUGACCAAUUAUUACUGGAAAGUUGUUGGUCUUUGUUUUUUUAUAACGCCUUGUAUUAUGAAAGAUGCAGAUACAUUUAACAACAUAGUAUUAUCACUGUGCGUCUUUUAUUAGUUGCUGAGGCUAGUCUAAUAUACUGAUGUAGUAAAAUUUCAUUUCACUAACAAAUAAUACAUAUAGACUCAUGGACUGAUUUAGGUGAUCAACUGGGUUUGUGUUUUGAAGGUCUUUUAAAGAUCUUGGUGCUGAGAGAAAUUAGAAGUGGAAUUGAUUGAAAUUAACAAUUUAUUAAGGAUUGUGUUUGGCUAUUUAUAUGCUUUCUUGUUAGCUAAUCAUUCAGAAAUUGCACUACCAAAAUAAAGAUGAAUGAUGAACUUUCAAAAUGGAUUUCUUUAGAUUUUUACCAUUAUGUGAGACUUUGUGCUCUAUGACAAAGAUGGAAUGUGUUUCCGAGAUUUUAGAAAUUCGUUAU